UCCAUAGUUGGUGAUCUUUUCAGAAGUGAUUUGCCUACAUUCAAAUUGCAAUGGACCCCAUCAAAGAUAAGCUGUGUGUUUUCAUCAUGAGUGUGAAAAUAUAAUCACCAAUCAGAAACCUUCACAUUCUCCAAAUCACUUGCAUUUCACAUUUCCCUUCACGUUGAGGAAUUUUAUAUGGGGAGCAUUUCUUGCUCACCUCCUUACUUUCCUUUCAAUUGUUUGUAAUACAUUAACUGAAACUCCUUUUAGGUAUGCGACAAACAUCGCAGUGCUGAAAUGCAUUAUAGGAGGGUCCGUUCAUUUUUAGAAUUGUCUUAGACGUCAAAUUGACCCAUAAAUCCACAGACUGCUUCCCAACUCCUGCCACUGUGACAUCUCCCUCUGUACCCUCUGCCCACUUAGACAAUACCGUCUCCCUUUUAUAAUUCCUCCGCUUUCUCUGUUUGCUUCACUUUUUUUCCCCUAUUGGCAUCAACAUUUCUUCAAACCUGAGCUUUGAGGUGAGUUUUUCGACCUAACUCGACUGUGAUAGCCCAUGCCCCUUCAAGAAAUAAAAUGGUGAUGAGACUAUAACGAAGAGUAUGGAUUACAAAAGUUGACACCCUCCGAUACGUUUCCAAGCGCGCCCUUAACAAACACUAAAGCAUCCUGGCUUCUGUUUUUGGUUUUUGUUUUUUUUUUGCCUGUUUAGCCUCUUCCACCUGCGAGCAGUGGAGGGAUUUUUGUUGUCCACUAACCCCCUCUAGCGCCGAAGUAGCAGCAUCCGCGCCGCUGCUGCCAAGCGGGCGAGCGCUAGGCUUGGAGAGCUCCGCUGCGCUAGCCGCUACUCCAGCCCGGCCCUCUCGGCAGUGGAGGAGAGCGUGGGGACUGCAGACCCUGAGAACCCCUCUCCAGCAGCACGCGUAGAGCUCUGGGCUGCGGCUUGGAGUGACCGGAGCCCAGGAAACAGCAGGGACUGAGAGGGGCGUCUCGCGCGGAGAGGUUCAGCCCACCGCGCUCUGGGCGCCGCUGUGAACCUCAGCCUUCGGGCAGGUCGGAGCACACAGACCAACGCCGCCACGUCUGAGGCGCUCAAGACCCCCCCAAUCCCAGCACCACGGGGCGACGAUGCUCAUGACCUCCACGGCGGAGUCGUCGCCGCACCGAGACGCGAAGACCUCCGAGGGCCCGGGUGCCAGGUGCCUCGGGUCCAGUCUCCUGUGACUCCCCUUUGCUGCUUCCUCCCCCUCAUCGCUGCCCAAGGACUCGCGGCAGCGGAGGCGGCCAAGGGGCCGAGUGCCUCCCCUUGCCUGGCAAGUUUGGGUGACUGACGCUGAGCAGCGGCCGGGCUGACCACCUUUGGCGCCAGGCUCUGCCCGUGACCCGGAGCGGUGGCCCACAACACUCACCCCCUCCAGCGGCGGAAAUGUGAGGAAGUAAGGACCAGGCAGGGGCAGGAGCUGACUGGUCUUAAAACGGUCGGCGUUGCUGCCGCGAAAUGGGGGGCUAAGUGCUCUAGGGACUAAGUGCGGCCUCGGAGAUGCCGGGAAGGCGGCUCGCACUGCCGGGGCGCGGCGCGCGUGCGGCCGAGUUGGAGGCCCCCGCCCUGCCCACGGCUGCAGACGCCGCUCAGGCGAGGGGCUGAGCGCUCAGGCGAAGCUCGCCCGGACCCUUAGGCGCCCGGCCCUCCCCGCUGCGGCCGGAGGAAAGUUCUCGCGGCCCCCGCGCCUCUCCACAGCUGCUGCGCGGCGUCUGCUCCGCACAGCCCACUUCAGUCCGGAGAGGCGCUCGGGCCGCUCGCGCGGCGCGAACCACCUGGGCACCCCCCCACCUCAUCCCUGAAGCUAGUCGUCCUCCCCCGCCCCCAAACCACAGCCGAGCUCUUUCUGCGCGCGCGCUCUCCCGGGCCCAAGCGAAUAGUCCUCGUGCGGGUAGGACACGGUGGUGAAUGCGAUUCCCCUCGCCUCCAUCCGCCACGAGCUCCCCGGCGCCGCAGGCAACGUCAGCCUCCGACGCAGCUGUGCCUGCACCUGGGCAGCCUGGACCCUCGUGCCCCGCUCCCGGGGCCUCGCGCAGGGGGGCUCCCAGGACUCCCCCUGCGGGCUGGGUGGAGGAGGAGGAAGAGGAGGAAGAGGAAGACGUGGAAAACGUGGACCAGGACCCCCACCCUACCCAGAACACUUGGCCGCUCUACUGCCACUUCUUUUAUAGAGCGAGGAGAGGAGAGCCAGCGAGAGCCAUGGGGGGCUGCGAAGUCCGAGAAUUUCUUUGGCAAUUUAGUUUCUUUUUGCCUCUGAUGACAGCUUGGCCAGGCUGCUGUAGUCACGUCUCCAACAACCAAGUUGUGUUGCUUGAUACAACUACUGUACUGGGAGAGCUAGGAUGGAAAACAUAUCCAUUAAAUGGGUGGGAUGCCAUCACUGAAAUGGAUGAACACAACAGGCCCAUUCAUACAUACCAGGUUUGCAAUGUGAUGGAACCAAAUCAAAACAACUGGCUUCGUACAAACUGGAUCUCUCGUGAUGCAGCCCAGAAAAUUUAUGUGGAAAUGAAGUUCACACUGAGAGACUGUAACAGCAUCCCAUGGGUCUUGGGAACUUGCAAAGAAACAUUUAACCUGUAUUAUAUGGAAUCAGAUGAGUCCCAUGGAAUUAAAUUCAAGCCAAGCCAGUAUUCAAAGAUUGACACAAUUGCUGCUGAUGAGAGUUUUACCCAGAUGGAUUUGGGUGAUCGCAUCCUCAAACUCAACACUGAAAUUCGUGAAGUGGGACCUAUAGAAAGAAAAGGCUUUUAUCUUGCUUUUCAAGAUAUUGGGGCAUGCAUUGCCCUGGUUUCAGUCCGUGUUUUCUACAAAAAGUGCCCCUUCACUGUUCGAAACUUGGCCAUGUUUCCUGAUACUAUACCAAGGGUUGAUUCUUCCUCUUUGGUUGAAGUAAAGGGAUCUUGUGUGAAGAGUGCUGAAGAGCGUGAUACUCCUAAACUAUAUUGUGGAGCUGAUGGAGAUUGGCUGGUUCCACUUGGAAGGUGCAUCUGUAGUACAGGAUAUGAAGAAAUUGAGGGUUCUUGUCAUGCUUGCAGAACAGGAUUCUAUAAAGCAUUUGCUGGAAACACAAAGUGUUCUAAAUGCCCUCCACACAGUUUAACCUACAUGGAAGCUACUUCUGUCUGUCAGUGUGAUAAGGGCUACUUCAGAGCUGAAAAAGACCCACCUUCUAUGGCAUGUACCAGACCACCUUCAGCUCCUAGGAAUGUGGUUUUUAACAUCAAUGAAACAGCCCUCAUUUUGGAAUGGAGCCCACCAAGUGAUACAGGAGGGAGAAAAGACCUCACGUACAGUGUAAUCUGUAAGAAAUGUGGCUUAGACCCAAGCCAGUGUGAGGACUGUGGUGGAGGACUCCGCUUCAUCCCAAGACACACCGGCCUGAUCAACAAUUCCGUGAUAGUACUUGACUUCGUGUCUCACGUGAAUUACACCUUUGAAAUUGAAGCCAUGAAUGGAGUUUCUGAAUUGAGUUUUUCUCCCAAGGCAUUCACAGCUAUCACAGUGACCACGGAUCAAGAUGGACCUUCUCUAAUAGGCAUGGUAAGGAAGGACUGGGCAUCCCAAAAUAGCAUUGCCCUAUCAUGGCAAGCACCUGCUUUUUCCAGUGGAGUAAUUCUGGACUACGAGAUCAAGUACUAUGAGAAAGUCUACCCACGGAUAGCGCCGGCAUUUUGGCACUACCUGCGGGUAGAAGAGCAUGAGCAGCUCACCUAUUCCUCCACAAGGUCCAAGGCCCCCAGUGUCAUCAUCACGGGUCUCAAGCCAGCCACCAAGUACAUAUUUCAUAUCCGAGUGAGGACUGCAACAGGAUACAGUGGCUUCAGUCAGAAGUUUGAAUUUGAAACAGGAGAUGAAACUUCUGACAUGGCGGCAGAACAAGGGCAGAUUCUCGUGAUAGCCACUGCAGCCGUUGGGGGAUUCACUCUCCUCGUCAUCCUCACUUUGUUCUUCUUAAUCACUGGGAGGUGUCAGUGGUAUAUAAAGGCCAAAAUGAAGUCAGAAGAGAAGAGAAGAAACCACUUACAGAAUGGACAUUUACGUUUCCCAGGAAUUAAAACUUACAUUGAUCCAGAUACCUAUGAAGAUCCAUCCCUAGCAGUCCACGAAUUUGCAAGAGAGAUUGAUCCUUCCAGAAUUCGCAUUGAGAGAGUCAUUGGGGCAGGUGAAUUUGGAGAAGUCUGUAGUGGGCGUUUGAAGACACCAGGAAAAAGAGAAAUCCCAGUUGCCAUUAAAACUUUGAAAGGUGGCCACAUGGAUCGGCAAAGAAGAGAUUUUCUAAGAGAAGCAAGCAUCAUGGGUCAAUUUGACCACCCAAACAUCAUUCGUCUAGAAGGUGUUGUCACAAAAAGAUCCUUUCCGGCCAUUGGGGUGGAGACGUUUUGUCCCAGCUUCCUGAGAGCAGGGUUUUUAAAUAGCAUCCAGGCCCCGCAUCCAGUGCCAGGGGGAGGAUCUUUGCCCCCCAGGAUUCCUUCUGGCAGACCAGUAAUGAUUGUGGUGGAAUAUAUGGAGAAUGGAUCCCUAGACUCCUUUUUGCGGAAACAUGAUGGCCACUUCACAGUCAUCCAGUUGGUCGGCAUGCUCCGAGGCAUUGCAUCAGGCAUGAAGUACCUAUCAGAUAUGGGUUAUGUUCAUCGAGACCUAGCAGCUAGGAAUAUAUUGGUGAACAGCAAUUUAGUUUGCAAAGUUUCUGAUUUUGGUCUCUCUCGAGUGCUGGAAGAUGAUCCAGAAGCUGCUUAUACAACAACUGGUGGGAAAAUCCCCAUAAGGUGGACAGCUCCAGAGGCUAUUGCCUACCGAAAAUUCUCCUCAGCAAGUGAUGCAUGGAGCUAUGGCAUCGUCAUGUGGGAGGUCAUGUCCUAUGGAGAGAGACCUUACUGGGAAAUGUCUAACCAAGAUGUCAUUCUGUCUAUUGAAGAGGGUUACAGACUUCCAGCUCCAAUGGGCUGCCCAGCAUCUCUACACCAGUUGAUGCUCCACUGCUGGCAGAAGGAGAGAAAUCACAGACCAAAAUUUACUGACAUUGUCAGCUUCCUUGACAAACUGAUCCGAAAUCCCAGUGCCCUUCAUACCCUGGUAGAGGAUAUCCUUGUAAUGCCAGAGUCUCCUGGUGAAGUUUCUGAAUAUCCUUUGUUUGUCACAGUUGGUGACUGGCUGGAUUCUAUAAAGAUGGGACAAUAUAAAAAUAAUUUCAUGGCAGCAGGGUUUACAACUUUUGACCUGAUUUCAAGAAUGAGCAUUGAUGAUAUUAGGAGAAUUGGAGUCAUACUCAUUGGACACCAGAGACGAAUAGUCAGCAGCAUACAGACUUUACGUUUACAUAUGAUGCACAUACAGGAGAAAGGAUUUCAUGUAUGAAAGUACUAUGAACACCUGUGUUUUGUGCCUCAGCAUUUCUAAAAUGAAAGAUAUCCUCUGUACUGCCCUCUCUUCUGACUGUCCAAAAAUCCUUUCACAAACCAGUCACUUAUUCAAACUAUGCCACACACCCUAUGUUUAUGCUUCCAACCUGGAUUUUAAAACCAUACUACUACACAAAUCCUCUCCAAAUAGCCUGCAAAUAAAACCCUGGCCCACUACAAAUUAUUGCUACACAAUGAUGAAUAACUCAGCAUGGAUGUGUAACUUUGUAUAGACGUAUUUGGGAAGUGUUCAUGGACUUAACCUAAAGGAAUUUGUCCAGAUAUGGCAUCCUUAAUGAUGUAUGUAGAGUUUGAUGGUAAAUGAGAUAGAUAUAGCUGGACUUUCUUUCAUGUUUUGUGAUCAAGUAAUUGCCAAACUAACAUUAAUAUUAUUUUUAGAUAGUUUUACUCAACUCUAUCUGUUGUAUUGUUGCUUUAUUUUCAUACUUUGUCUAUUAGCACCUGAUGUUAGAAUGAUUUACAGAAUUGACAAAGGAUUCUGUGUAAAUGCAUUCUUGUCAGGUGCGACUCUGGUGAGAAGGGGGUUAAUGGAGAGGGUAAGGGAGAAAAAUACUGUGAUUUUAAAUCUUCUAAGGCUGGGUUUGUCUAUUUUUAAAUUAACCAUAUGAUGUCGUUCACAUUUCAUAGUAGGAGGUACUUUAGAGGCUUUUCUCUUCUGAUUUUUUUUUUUACUAACUAUUGUGUAUUUCUCUACUAUGUUAUGAAAACUGCCCUUGCGAAGACCAAGAGUGUGUCCAUUGCCCUAAAGGUUUUCAUAGAAUGAAGCAUGGAGUAAAUCCAUUAAUGUUCCUUUGAUCCAUUUUUCACAAGUUUACGAAAGUAAUUAUCAAAAAACUGAGAAAAUUAGUUGAUCUUGUAGAAUUGCUUUGAAUAAAACAUCUAAGAUUAUAGCCUUAGAUUUAGGGUGAAAUUAUUAAUUAAUUUAAAUAGAAUUUUAUGAUAGCUAUAGCAGCCCAAGAAAAUAAACAUAUCUGUCUGACUGAUACCAGUAUAUUUUCCAAGUUUAAGAAUUCUUAUGUUUCAGUGCAAAAAUAAGUUACAUGAACAUGCUGAGCUCUUUUCCAAACCUUCUAAGAAAUAAAUAUGAAUACUCCAAACAGGAUAUAAACAGAUCUUACACUUGAGCAUGUAUAUGUGUGCGUGCGUGUGUGUGUGUGCGCGCACGUGUUAACCUGGCUCCAUAAUACAGUUGCAUAAAAAUGUGAGCAAAGCUAAGAUAUGUUGUUGUCAUAAUCUUCUCAGAGCCUUGCCACAAAAAGGCAACCAUAUUUUUCAGUGAAUUAUGCUCAGUCAGCUUGUCAAAAUAGUGCUGUCUUAUGAACAAAAUCAUUUAUAAAGUCAGCUGUUCCUUGUGAAAAUAUAAAAACAUUGACUACCAUGCUAGGUGGAAAGAGUAAAGAGAAUGUGUUAAGGGGGACAAAAAUGCAGUGCAAGCUGUCUACAGAUGUUAAUUUAAUCAUUUGUUUUUUAUUUAAUAUCAGAGACAAAGUGCCCUAUCCACAUUUUUAAAUUUCUACCUAAAUUAUACUUUUUGGUAAAAACAGUGUUCUUUGUAUUUAAUGGUCCUUGUUUUCUUUCUUUAUUUUCCUUAUUUUAAGAUUUUGAUGACUGUCCAUUUUACUAGAACCUUCCACGUAUUUUAUCUUGGUGAUUUAUCUCCUGUUUUUUUCUAUCACCACUUAAUUUUUCUUGUUUCAAAAAAAAUGAAUAGAGCUAGAAAGACAUUUUUAGAGUAUUUCGUAUGUAUACUAUAAAAAGAAAAAGUGAGACAUCAUUCACUUUUUAAAUAAGUGUGUCAGAAAUAUCUAGAAAACUUUUGUGGCUAUCAACCUGCAUGGUCAUGCACUACUCAUAGACUAUAUGCAGUUUGCUUGAUAUAUUUACCUAAAUCUGGAUACAUUUAAAGUAAAUAUAAAAUUUCCAUAUUUAUCUGUCUUUAAAUAUACAUUAAAUAAAAACAGAUGUAAGCAGAUUAAAUUUAUUAAUCAUAUAUUUUAUUUUUAUAAAACAACAAAAAGGUAUUUAGAAAAUAAGAGAAUAAUAUGGUGUUCCAUAGGACUUUGUCAGCAACAUCUGUAUACCUUGAUAAAAUAAAUUGUAUUAAACUAUUUAAACUUCUAUGGGAUGGACAUUCAGUGAUUGUAAUAUUAAAGAUUUCUUUUAAGAAUAUUUUUCUUGAGUAGAUGUGCUGCUUACGCUUGUUAAUUUUAGCUACUCCAAAGGCUGAAGCGGGAGGAUCAGAAGUUCAAGGCCAGUCUGCACAAACCUGUCUCAAAAUUU